CCAGCCAGAUCAUGGUCCGAGUCUCAAAAGGGAUAUGUCCCCUCAAACAAGAUAAAUGUAACUGUUGUUUUCCUAAUAAUAAGAGACCCUGUCCAAACAAUGUAUGUGGUGCCAUCUAUGACAGCAUUAUACAGUAUCAUGGCAUCAAUACCACCGGCACCUUUUUGGAAAAAACAGUGAUGUCCAACAGUGGUCAACAGAACCAUGGGAGGUUUGCAAAUGUUUUAUAAAUGCUCCUGGGUACAAGGACAAGACAUCAGCAGUCGACACUGAUUGCACUGGGUUGCUUCAUGUUAUCAUAAAUAACAAGUACUUUCAUAGUCAUAUUGGAUGCAAUGUUACAGGACCAAACAAUCUUUUUUCAAAGGUACGGCAGUACCGAAACGAAAUUUUUCACUCGAGCAAUAUGGAGUUAGAGGAGAGCAAAGCUAAUUGUUAUAUUGAUGACAUGAUAGCUGUUCUACAAGAUGGUAAAGAACUUAUACAUCAACAAGAUGCACAACAAGCUGUCAGGAAACUCCAAGAUCUAAAGCAAAAAGACUUUGUUAUCACUACUGAAUGCUCUGAAGAAAUUUUGAAACAAGUCAAAGAUGAAAUGACAAAAAUGCGGGAAUUUACCGAAAAUGCUGCAACUAAAGAUGAAUAUGAGGAGCUUAAAAAUAAAGUUAUUGAACUUGAAAGACAGUUGGCAAAAGAAAAAGAGGGACAACUUGAGGCUGGGAAAGAACAGAAAAGAAAGUUUACUGAACUUGAGGCAGUUAUAACAGAGCAAAAACAGGAGAUAGAAAGACUCAAGUUAGAAGAUUCUCCUCAACAGAAACAGUUAGAAUAUAAAAAGGCAAAAUCAGGUAUGUUAUAUAGAAAAUGAAAGGGUGAAAUCAGGUACGUUAUAUAGAAUAGGAAAAGGUUAAAUCAGGUAUGUUAAAUAGAAUAUGACUAUGAAUAUGACUAUAUUGUACAGAAUUUGAAAAGACUAAAUCAGGUAUGUUAUAUAUUAUUGAAAAAGGCUAAAUCAGGUUUGUUAUAUAUUAUAUAAAAAUGCUUAAUCAUGUAUGCUAUAUAGAAAAGGGCUAAAAUAGAGAAAAUAAGAAUCCCUAAAGAAAGCCCAAAACGACAACAUUAAAAUUGUCGCAGGCUUGGUUUGAUUGAGCUUGUUCAUGGACGGUACUGGUAAGUGCAAACUACCGUCCACGCCCCUAGCACUGGCUUAAGCAGAAGUCAACAUUUAAACAUAAAAUGAUAAAAUUUUGCAUUUAGAAACAUCCGUAGAUAUGUUCAUAUGGCGGUUUUCAAUGCGACACUUCCGUGCCAUUCCAUGAAAAGCCAUGUAUGGUCCCCAAGUAUUAGAAAGCGUGUGCCUCGAGUAUUUUAUAUAAAAUAUGAAAAGGCUAAAUCAGAAAUGUUAUAUACAUGUAGAUAAUGAAAAGGCUUAAUCAGGUAUGUUACAUAUAAUAUGAAAAAGGCUAAAUCAGGUAUGUUAUAUAAUAUAUGAAAAGGCUAAAUCAGGUAUGUUAUAUAAUAUAUGAAAAAGGCUAAAUCAGGUAGGUUUUAUAAUAUAUGAAAAGGCUAACUCAGGUUUGUUAUACAGUGUAUGGAAGGGCUUAAUCAGUUAUGUUGUACAGAAUUUGAAAAGGCUAUCAGGUAUGUGAUAUAAAAUAUAAAAAGGCUUAAUCAGGUUUGUUAUAUAAAAUAUGAAAAGGCUAAAUCUGGUAUGUUAUAUAAAAUAUAAAAAGAAUUAAUCAGUUAUGUUAUAUUAUAGAGUAUGAAAAGGCUAAAUCAGGUAUGUUAUAAGGCUAAAUAUGUAAUGUUACAUAGAAUAUGAAAAAGCUUAAUCAGGAAUGUUACAUAUGA